AUGAUGACCUUCCGACCUCGAAUGAGCCUCUUCUCUGCCCUUCGCACGGCCCCAGCUCGACGCCGCUUUGCGACUGAGGCGCGGUUAACCACGGACCAUGUUCGCAUCGUCGAAGUAGGGCCACGAGAUGGUCUACAGAACGAGAAAAAGUCGAUCCCACUUGAGACAAAGCUCCAGCUUAUUGAGAAGCUGGCUAAAACGGGUGUAACUACAAUUGAGGCUGGAUCUUUUGUCCCAGCGAAAUGGGUGCCCCAGAUGGCCAGCACUGCAGAGAUCUGCGAGCACCUCCUCCAGACUCCCCCACAGUCACAGAAUGCCAUUGCCUACAACUACCUCGUUCCUAAUGUGCGGGGUCUAGAGAACCUCAUCAAAGUUAUGGAUGCCACAGGCGUCCCGGCAGACACGACAGGCUCUGCUACGAAACCUCCGACAACAACCGAGGUAUCCGUGUUUGUAGCAGCAACAGAGGCAUUCUCCAAGGCCAACAUCAACUGCACAAUCGAGGAGUCACUCGAACGCACCCGUCCGAUUGUCUCGUUAGCAAAGACGAAGAACAUCCGAGUGAGAGGCUACGUUUCUGUUACUCUGGGCUGCCCGUACGAGGGUCCCGAUGUAUCACCAGCCAAGGUAGCUGAUAUCACGGCAACGCUACUUGAAAUGGGAGCCGACGAGGUGUCGGUGGCUGAUACUACGGGCAUGGGCACGGCACCCCGUACUAUGAAGCUCCUGCAGGCUCUGAAGGCGGCCGGUAUUGCGAAUAACGAUCUGGCGCUGCAUUUUCACGAUACUUAUGGACAGGCUCUCGUCAACACCAUUGUAGGGCUGGAGCAUGGUAUCCGCAUCUUCGAUAGUAGUGUGGGUGGUCUUGGUGGUUGUCCUUACUCCAAGGGUGCGACGGGGAAUGUCUCGACGGAGGACCUUGUACACACCAUUCAUGGUCUCGGCAUGCACACCGGCAUCAAUUUGGAGGAAAUGGCCAAAAUUGGAUCCUGGAUUAGUGGGGAGCUGGGCCGGGCUAAUGAGAGCCGUGCGGGCAAGGCCAUAUUGGCGCGGAUGGAAGAGUAA